AUGUUGUUGAGGGUCGACGGCCGUGGACGCACAGAAUGGGGGAGGAGAGUGGAAAAAAUAAUGGGGAGAUGUGGAAGUGGGAGAGACGAAGGUGAUAAUGCACGAGCCAUCCCGCCGUAUUUCCUCGAGAAAACCCCCCCCUUGGAAGGGGACCAAGCCCUGCAGACCGCCAGAAGAUUGCGCACCUGGACAAAACCUGGCUGUUUGUACUCCGUACGGAAAAAUGUGUCGCAGCCUGUCUCUCUACUCCAUUACUCCCGUGUGGAAGGGAGGAUCCGGAAUGCCGGGAUUACGCCCAAACUGAAUCGUCCCCUGCCAAAAGAGUGCGCCAAGCAACCCUGGAUGUAUUUUUGCUCCUUGGGCUGGCUGAGCCAAUGGCCGGGCGACAACCUGCAAGGGCAAGCCACUAUCCAGCCACACGAGCCCGUUCGUUCUGGCGGCGGCAGUGGUUGGCUGAGCUCGUUCUCCCGCAGCCCCCAAGGACGUGGAAAGGGUGAGCCACUUCAUUGUUGCCCCGCCGAAACCUUCAACCCAACCCCUCCAAUGGCGAGAAUUUCACUCCCCCCCGUAACUGCUCCGUACACGGUAUACACCCUUCAUGCCGGCAGCACACGCGGUGAUACCCAAUAG